AUGAAUGCAUCACUCACCGACCACAAAUCGAUCGUCCACAAAAGCACAAUCAUCGAUCCACAAAAGCAAAAGCCAGAAAUGAUUAUUUUUUAUAAUAGCACCAAAGGUGGCGUCGAUACAUUAGAUCAGAAAUGUGCCAUUUACUCAAUUCUCGAUGCACACAGCGCUGGCCAAUGGCGGUCUUCUACAGAAUGCUGGAUGUUUCUGCAGCAAAUGCGUACAUCAUUAGCAGCAUGA